AUGGCAAGUACAUCUCACAUGACGAUUGAAGAAAUACUUCUUUUAUUAGGAGAUUUAGAAGAAAGUGAAGCUAAUGUAGCUAGUGCUAAUGUUGUUGUUUUACCGCCACAAAAUGUCGAUUGUCUUACUGAUGAAGAACAGUUUAAUGAUGAUAAUACUGAGGAUGUGGAUAUUUCUGAGGUAUGUGAUAAUGCUAUGCUCAAUGAUGAAACAAAGUGUGAUAGAGGUUUUAAAGUGAGGCCCCUCCUGGAAAAAAUACAGCAAUCAUUUGCAAAGUUUGGUGUUUUUGAAGAUAAACUUGCUGUUGAGAUGAUAAUAAAGUAUUUUGGUCGAAAUAAUUUAAAGCAGUUCAUCAGAGGAAAACCAGUACGCUUUGGAUAUAAGUUUUGGGCAUUAUGUGGUACAAGUGGUUAUUGUUACAAUUUUGAUCUGUACUGUGGUAAAGAUCAAGGAUGUGAAGAAAAUAUUGGAUUAGGCAGGAGAGUUGUUCAAUCUCUUUUGUUUGUUGUUGAUGAUCCUUUGAGCUACGAAUUAUAUUUUAACAACUUCUUUACGAGUAUAGAAUUGCUUGGAGAACUUUUUGACUUAGGAUUCAGGGCUAGUGGGACUAUAAGAGAAAAUCGAACACAAAAAUGUCCCCUACCGGACAAAAAGGAAAUGAAUAAACUAGGUAGAGGAGGCUAUGAUUACACUAGUGAUCUGGAUAGUGGAAUUAUGUUGACAAGGUGGAAUGACAAUAAUAUAGUAACAGUUGCAACCAACUUCGACAGUGUUUGUGAACCCCUGGCCAAUGUUACUAGGUACAGUGAACAGAACAGAGGCACCUACGAAGACAUCGAAAGUGCCACAGGACCCACGAGCCGCUUACAUCACAACGUCCCCACCACGGAGAGUGCAGAUUUCUCCCCCACCUAUCAGUAG